CCCUCUACUGGGGAUGUGCCCGCAACCAAUGUACAUGCCCUUGACUGGAAUCGAACCUGGGACCUUGCAGUCCACAGACGGACGCUCUACCACUGAGCCAAACCGAUUUCAGCAAGAGGGUGGAGAUUUUAGCUUGCCCUUUUCUCCUGAGGUAUCAAUAUUAUAAAUUUAUUACUAAAGGAGUUUGGUGAUAAACUUCAGAAGUGUUAGGUGGCUGUACAAGUGAAAGCAUAGGUUAAAAAAAGUAACAUGGUAAAAGCAGGAAAUGGGAAAGCCUCCUUUUACAGCUAAGUGUGGGUUGUCCCAAAGUAUCCUGGCAACCAUACAACAAAGCAAACCACUUGCUUGAAGAAUUUAAGAGUAGUAAGACUUGACAAUAGAGAAGACAAUCUGUCAGCUACUAUAAAGUACAAAGUAAUUAUUAAACAUUAAUGCUGUCCAAUCUGUUCACAUGAGGUAAAGAUACCCUAUCUUUAAGAAUACUUAAUUUCCUUGUUAAGAAUUCAAGGAAAACAAGAGUGAGCUUAUCUUAGAACUCUGUCUAGUAUAACUUACAUCUGUCAUGGAACAAGACAUUUCUUUGAAAGCUCAGAGUGUCUUUACCCCAGUCCUUUAAUUUGGUUGAGAAGAGGUAAUACAAGGGGAAUAGGAAAAAAAGAUGACAAUGAAAUUUAAAGUACAGAAGAAUCAUUUUAGUUAUGAGAAGAGUCAAGUUAACUUGCUAGUUGAGGUAGUGGCUGUCUCAUCCAUAACCAUUUGUGAUUGAAAUUGCUAUAGUGAUAAGAAAUGACAAUGUUUCUCUAUAAAUCUGAACCACUGCCAUGAGGAUUCAGUGGAAAAACAGUCUGGGAGAAGGAGUACUUUUCUCCCAGUAUUUUUUUUUUAAAUAUAAAUUUACAGUAGCUUUUCAUGGAAAAUUUUUUAUGGAUUACAGGAAAGGGAUCUAUUUGACACCUAUCCUUAAAUAUUGUCACUUUUUCUUAAACUGUCCACAGUGUCUCAUCUGUUGCUUUUUUAUUUUGUGUACUGUAAGUUCCCAAGCAACUCAAAUUUGCAAACACAACUAUGGAUACACUAUUUGCUUUACAGUAGUUACCUGGAAAUCUAGGUCUUUGUUUUUUGUUAUUUUCUCUCCACGUAUUAAUCAUAUAUAGCUAGCAACAUUUAUGGUUAGAGUUUGAUUUUCAAGUUCUUAAGUUUGUGGCGGGAGGUUUGUAGCCUAAUCUGAGGCAAGGGGAGAAUGAAUAGUCAGGAACUCGUCACUCUGAAUGUGGGAGGGAAGAGAUUCACAACAAGAUUUUCUACCAUAAAGCAGUUUCCUACCUCGCGGCUAACACGAAUGUUAGAUGGCAGCGACCAAGAAUUCAAGAUGGAUGGUGGCCAGAUUUUUGUGGACAGAGAUGGUGUUUUAUUUAGUUUCAUCUUAGAUUUUAUGAGAACUCAACGGCUUAUAUUACCUAUUGAUUUUUCAGACUAUCUUAGGCUUCAGAGAGAGGCUCUUUUCUAUGAACUUGAUCCUCUGGUUGAUCUCUUAAACCAAGAACUCCUGCUACAGCCAAGACCUGCUCUUAUGCAGGUGUAUUUCCUAAGCCGAAACACUCAAACUUUUUUCAGGGUGUUUGGCUCUUGCAGCAAAACAAUUGAUAUGUUAACUGGGAGGAUUACAGUGUUUAUAGAACAACCUUCAGCACCAACCUGGAGCAGUAACUGUUGCCCUCCUCAGAUGACCUUACUUCAACUGCCUCCACAAAGACCUUCUUACCACGACCUGGUUUUCCAGUGUGGCUCGGACAUUACUGAUAACCAAACUGGAGUCAGGUACAUUUCUAUAAAACCUGAUAAUCGAAAAUUGGCCAAUGGAACUAAUGUCCUCGGCUUACUCAUUGACACUUUAUUAAUGGAAGGCUUCCAUCUGGUCGGUAAUAGAACGGUAUCAUCUGAAGACAAAACUGAAUGCUAUAGUUUUGAAAGGAUAAAAAGACCUGAAGCUCUCGCCAUGAACAAGACUGUGAAACCAGUGGUUGCCAUCAUGCCAGCGCAAUCUCAGAAAAAGAAAUGAGUUUUUUGUUCUCUUUUAGAAUAAAGGGAAAUUGUCAUUUUCUUAUCUCCUGCUAUACUAUCUGGGCAAGCACACCUCAACAGUGCUUAAACCACUCUGUCUGCUUGCUGCUUUUUGAACAACACUGAGCACUUGGUGCUUUGCCACAUAUUCCUUCUACCUUCAGUGCCUCUCCAUUUCUCUUUUUCAUGAACAUUUAUACAGCUUUCAAGACUGGGUUCUGGAAUCAUGCUGAUUGAUUUUUAAUCCCAGCUUAAUCACUUACUAGCUAAUGGCUUGGGCAAGUAAUUUAACUUAUUUGUGCCUCAACUUCGUCUAUCAAAUGAGGAUAAUAAAUAUAUAUUUUAUAGGAUAUAUGAGGAUUAAAGAAGAUAAUAUACUCAACACAUGUCCUGGCAUAUGAUAAGCACUCAGUAACUAUUAGUGAUGAUGAUGAUGAUGAUGAAGAUGGCUCCCUUUCCUUUGUAUGGACUUAUAUGCCAUUAUAAAAACAAAUUUUUCUCACUUGAAUAUGAACUUCAUCUACUCAACAGUGUUAACAUUACUAAGUGUAAAGUACUGUGCUAAAUAUUUAGUGAGAGGAAUAAUAUAUGUUACUAAUUAGCAUCUACAUUUGAUCAAAACCUUUUUGAAUAACUUCUGCUAACAUUUAAAUACACAUAUACUUUGACUUAGUCAUUCUUAUAGGAAUUCUUAUAUAUGUAUCAUUUUAAAUAGGAUGAACAUCUAGAAGAGGAAUCAUUAAGUCAAAGAGCACCAAGUACUUUGUAUAAAGGAUUAAAAAACCAGAGUGGAAGCAGUUGAGCACCAUUUUAAAAAGUACAAUUAACUCAUUCAAAAACACCUGUUAAACAUUUAUUAGACACUAUAAUAAGCUUUCAGGAUUAAAAAAAAAUGAGUAAGAAAGAAAUUCUUAUUCUCAAGGACAUCACAUUCAACGGAUAAUUUACAUCAUCAUAACAGCAAAAGAUUAGAAAUACACUCAAAGUUCAUUAAUAGGAUAUGGGUAAAUUAUGGUUCAUACAAUGAAAUACUAUGCAACUCUCAGAAUAGGACAACAGUUCAUAAACUGAUAAGGAUUGUCAAAUAUUUAUAAGGUGAAAAAAGGUACAGAAAUAUGUAUAAUGUUGAAAAGAUAUAUUUCUACUUUAUAGUUUCCACUUGUGAAUAUAUAUUGAGUAUAUAUAUUCAUUUUCUUAUAUAUCCAUGAAAUUGUCACCAAAGAUCCAGGUCAUCUGUGGAGAGGGAACUGGGUGAGUGGGGUUUAGGCAUGGGAGAAAGGCUUAUUUUUCACCAGACCAUAUAAAAGUAUUAUCUAUUUUUUUUUUUUUUUUAAAGGAAGAGCCAUACCUGAAAGACAGUAUGCAGAGUAAGGGGGAGUAUUAUGGCAUAUUAUGGUCCAUUACCUCACACUGACACAAAUUUUACUCUACCACCCUUCCUGUGAAACUUCUCCACUUAGUAAAAAAAAUGUAUUUCAGACAUUUUUAGUAAUUACUUACAGAUAUGUGUACUAUGUUGUAGGGAAGAAAUAAAUUUU